CACUUAAUAAUUGCUGAGUGAGCAUCUUGUUAUCUCUUUGGAAUCUUGUGUGUGGUCAAAUAAAGUCGCUUGUUCUGGCUUGAUAUAUCUAUUGAGAUGGACUCACUUGCAGACAACAUGUGCUCACUGGACCUGUCAGCAUCAGCAGUGAAAGAUUCAGAUGGCGGCUCUGCAGUACAUGGUGACUCUAAGGAUCUGUGCUGUAUUUGCCAGGAGAAGUGUGUCAACCCAAUCAGCCUUCCCUGCUCUCACACCUUCUGCUACCUGUGCGUCAAAGGAGUGGCUGCCCGUGGCAACAAGUGUGCCCUGUGUAGACAACGUAUCCCCUCAGGCUAUUUAGAGGACCCACAAUCUGUCGUAAACAAAGACCAACUCAAACAAGAACUGGAGGAAUCGAAACAGAAAAAGACAACAUGGUUUUACGAGGCAAAAAACGGAGGCUGGUGGAUGUAUGAACAACGAACGUCAGCUGAGAUUGAACAAGCCUUUAUUGAAGACAAAAAGAAUAUUCGUCUGCAGAUAUCUGGAUUCUAUUAUGUUAUAGACAUUGAGGGCAUGAUCCAGUACCGAGAGGACCACCCAAACAGACGGAGGAGCAUUAAGAGGGACGUAGUGAGACCAGACUCUGUCAAAGGCAUCGCUGGAAUUAGAACUAUCGAUGAUGGACAGUCAGAACAUGAUGUGUCAUAAUAGUUAUUAUUUACCCAUGUUGACAUGGUAUUUACUCAAUGUUAGCCUCGAGACCAGGCCGAUUUUAAUCGGCCUGGAUUCGAGGCUAUUUUAAUCGGCCUGGAUUCGAGGCUAACUCAAUGUUAGACAUGCUUUUGGUUGUGUUGGCUUGCACAAUUAAAGUGUGUGCUUUCAAAACGGAAGUAUUUUAAUUGCAUUCAUACCAAAUUUCUUGCCGUGUGAAAAAUGGCUGAACCUGGGAAUCAUGGAUGUGUCAGCAAGUAAAUAUAAGUGGCCCAUCGCUUAAUGGAAGGUAUUUACUGUGUGGAAGAAGGAUUGGUUUUGUUCAUGUUUUUACAUGUGUUGCUGGUUCGGGAACAUCUAUUCAGUGGGCUGUGCCCCCACUGUUUGCAAACGAAGGUUUUCAUGAUUUUGACCCUCUAUUGAAUAGGGGAGGUACUGAUGCAACUAUCAGUUUGCAGAGAGUUACACCUACUUUUGUUGUCUACAUUGAAGAUAAGUAAUGUACCGAACAUAACUGUUCAAUGCUCAACUGAUACACAAGGAUCAUUAAACACAAAAAACCUUACUACAGUCUAUAACCUUUGGGGAACAAUGUUUUGGCCUUUAAUUAAACAGAGGUGGCCUUUAUUGAGGGGUUGUUUUGUACACAAACUAUUCAUUUGGGACCUGGGUGCCUGGCCGUUAUAUAGCAGCUGGCCUUUAUUUGGAGGUGGUUGUUAACAGAGGUUCCACUAGCUGUAGUUUAAGUGAGUACUACUUAAAUACGUGUAUGUUCAAAAUUUUCUUCCUUACAGCUACAAUGGUGGGACUCAGUGAUGACAUCUAUGGUUUAGCUGAUGAAGACACAAUUCAAGCAUUGGUUUCUGUCGUUUCUCAGUGUGGUGAUAUUCGGGAGUUCGACUAAAUUAGCUUCUACAUGUACCGCCGGUCAACCUUUGGUUUCACUAAUCUCACAUGAUACAGCUUCAGAGCAGUAGUUCAAAAUCGAUUUUAUAUUGGAUGUUUGCUUACCCGGGAGGAGCAUGGCUCUCAAGCAGAAGGAGAAAGAAUAUGACGAGCUCAUGGAGACGCUGCAACGAGAUGCUUACCUCCAGAUGGUUCGUCUGAAGCAGGAGAGGGUAGAGGUUGCUUAUUGUCGUGAAGAGGAUGAACGUCGUAUAGCUUGCAAUUAUAAAGUUAUGGAUGUUGAAAGAUGUUCAACUACACCCCACUCGCGAUGGUCCGGGAACUUUUUCAGUCGCCAUAAUUUGAUUC